GUAACCAAAAGAUAUAACUGUUAAUUUUAGCUUAUUAAAACCUUAUAUUCAUUAAAGGUUUUGUCUUAUUUCAAUUUAAUAAGCUAAAAUAAAGCAACAUGGACAAAUAUCUUCGCCCUGAAAGGUUUGAUAUCGACCCGUCAGAUAGCUCUGGUACGAGAGCUUGGAUACACUGGCGUAAGACUUUCGAAAGCUUCAUUUCCGUGCAGAAACCGACCGCUCCAGAAACAGAUGCACAGUCGGUUCCUCCGCCAGAAAAAUGGGACUGCAUAAAGUUUCAGCUUUUAGUAAAUCAUAUAUCACCAAAUAUCUAUACAUAUAUAAGCGAAGCUACGAACUACGAAGAAGCGAUCACUAUUCUGCAAAAACUGUAUGUAAAACCAAAAAAUCUGAUUUUUGCUAGACACAUGUUAGCAACAAGGAAACAACGACCAGAAGAAAGUAUUGAUACAUAUUUACAAGCUUUGAAACUACUUUCAAAAGAUUGUGACUUUGCGACUGUUGAUGCAGAAACAAACAAAAACGAUAGCGUGCGUGAUGCUUUCAUAUCCGGCAUAUCAUCGCAUAAAAUUAGACAAAGGCUUUUAGAAAACUUAACUCUAACACUUGAUCAAGCUUACAACCAAGCACUCUCUCUAGAAACUGCAGAGAUCAACUCCCAAAGCUUCAAUACUCUGUCUUUAAAUGUUGUUUCCCCAAAAGAACCAACAUUAGUCUGUCCAAAACCACAAACUAAGCACGACGAGACCUGCUCUUCUGUUAAUAAUCCUCGACGUCGAAAAUGUUUCUUUUGUGGGGGACAAAUACAUCCUCGUAAGAACUGCCCUGCAUUUGAAAAGACUUGUCAGCUCUGCAACAAGAAGGGGCACUUUGCCACUGUUUGCAGAAGCUCUUCUAAACAUAUAAAUUCUAUGGUAGAAGGGACUGAAGAUCUUUCCGCUUGUAUCACUGCAGCAUCACCUUCUUCAUUACGUAAAGCUACUGUACCCGCUUAUAUUCGAGGAAUAAGAGCAGAAGCACUUCUCGACACCGGUAGCUCCAUCAGUUUUAUAAAUGACAGUUUUGCAAGACUAUGCGGGUUCAAAAGAAAAUCCUGCAAUCAGUUUUUGUUAGUGUCUUUGUCAAUGUAUGUAAUGUAA